AUGGGACUCAUCCAGCUCAACAGGAAGCGGACUCAGGAAACCUUCCAAAUUGUUCUUGCGGACUUUGGUAUCGCGGGUAAAUACACAGAACAGUCUGAGUACUUCUAUGGAACAGCAUACUAUAAAGCACCCGAGAUAUUCGACGAAACGGCGGAUGUGGUUGAUGACAGGUCUGAUGUGUGGUCAACAGGCAUUAUUGUCCUCGAGAAGAUGUACGGACUUGAUAAAAAAAGGCACCCCAAGCCCAAAUCUGACUCUGAAAGGGAGGAAUGGUAUGCGAAGUGGCAGAAGGAAGUGAGGCAGAAGGUUGAAAGCAUUAAGUGA